AUGGGUUCUGUGAAUAACCAACCGAUUCCUGAGCUCACAGUUUUGGAACGUAUCGGCCCUAAAGGCUAUCUUCGUUACAUCUUCCCCUUUCACCUUCAGGAGGAGUAUGACUUGGAUGAAGCUAUUCGAGUUCUUAAAGCCGGGUACCAAGCUCUCACACAACGAAUCCCAGAGGUCGCGUGCGAAGCCGUUCCCGAUGGCAGUUCGAAACAAAAGGGUGUGAUGAGAUUUCGGAAACUGGAGAACAAUGAGGUAGCGCGCAUUGUGGUCAAGGACCUACGUGAGUCCUUUCGAUCUGAUUAUGCGGAGUUGAAAGAUAAAUCCUUCCCUGUCUCCUCCUUCGAUGCCGAUACGUUCUGUCCCCGUUCUGUUUGGCCUGCCGCUGGGGAGCGACUGCCGAUUUCAGUUGUACAGGCCAAUUUCAUCCGAGGGGGGUUGAUCUUGACGUGGUGCAUACUCCACAUGGCGGGUGACGGUACCACAUUUUAUACUUGGACAAACAUAUGGGCAGAAGAGUGUCGCCAGGCACAGGGACUAGAGAUCCUAAAUCCCAUCCACCUUCCAGAGGCCAUCUGGCAAGACCGCGAACAAGUGACAAAGCCGACCGGCCAUAAUGCUGGAAAGCUCGAAAAUCAUCCAGAGUAUACUCUUCUUCCUUUUACACCCCCGGGACCCCCGCCAAAGAUGUCUUCUCUGAGCCAUUGCGGUCAGAUUUUCUAUUUUUCCCCGGAGUCUUUAGCAAAGCUGAAGGCAGAGGCGUCCCCAGCGAAUGCGACCAAGCCGACCGAUCAAAAAUGGAUAUCGACCAAUGAUGCUCUCGCGGCGCUACUCUGGCGUACAGUCAUGGCAGUACAGUCGCCCCUAGACACUCUGGAGGGUGACCCUGUGUCUGUUUUCAAUAUUGCUAUUGACGGGCGGCAGCGUACAGAUCCCAAGUUGCAUCCAUCGACUUUAGGGUGUUUCCUAGAGUAUGUGUCCGUCUCGGUGCCGAUCCGCAAAAUGCUCAGCACCAUGACUUUAGCCGAUCUGGCGACGGAAAUCCGCAAGGCAAUUCUGCGGGCCGAUGAGCAGUUCACGGAUGAUGUGAUAACUCUGGUAGAGCAACUUGAAGACGUCGAUCGGCUGGUACCAACCGCUUUUCUAGAUGUCCCCGGCUUCAACUGCGUGUUAACCUCAUGGGUGAACUUCAAACUGUACAGGUUGGAAUGGGGACCACUGCUGGGCAACAAUAUUGAGGCUGUACGAGUGCCCCAUGUUGGCUGCAUCAACGGCUGUCAAGUUGUGCUCCCAGUUUUGCCGAAUGGUGGCAUGGAGAUUCUGGUCGGUGUGGAAGAAAGCUGCUUGGACCGACUGCUUGGUGACCCCUUGUUCACGAAAUACGGCGUCGCUCGGUAG